AUGAAUUCCUACAAUUUUAUUCAUAAUAUUUACAAAUCAUAUAGCAUCGGCCCAGCUUUAGAGGCAAGGAUAGCAAAUAAUUUUACCAGCAAUAAAAAAGACAAUGCAAGCAUGGAGAUAGAGUCAGAGUAAAACAAUAAUUUAGUCAACGUGCUCAUUCUUUAUAAGCAAAACACCAUUGAGUUAUGGAGAUAAAAUAGCAUUAGCAAAGGUUUCUUAGAAAAUAUCGCUGAAGUGCAAGUUUAUUGCAAUAUUUUAAAAGUAGCAGUUAUUAAAUCCUCAGAUAGUUAAAAAAGCGAUAUCAUUUUCAUUAUCAGUGAUGAUCUCCAAUAUAGAUUUUUCAGGAUUAAUAUCAAAGGAGAAGUUCAAGUUUUAGAGCAAGGCGUUGUUUAGAAUCUAGAUUAAGAAAAAAUUUCAGAUGUCUCUCAAGUUUUUAUUUCUCAAUUGAAAAUAAAUAAAUCUGAGUCAAAUUGCAUAAUUGGUAUUUAUGCAUAUUAUAAAAACAUCAAUCUUAUAGUUUUCAAGGAGCUAGAAGGAGAAAUUAAGCUUGUCGCAUAGUCUUAAGUUAAAAAGUAAGCAAUUAUGGAGAAGAUUUAUAAUAUAGUUGCUAUCGAGCAAAAGCAAAAUUAAAAUCAACACUUGAUUGGAGUUUACUACAGCUAUCAAAGAGAAUCGAGAUUUGCUUAUUCUCAAUUAGAAAUCGAAUAAAUAGAUAAUGAUUAAUAUAAACUCUCUGCAAACAAAAGACACUGUCUUGUUCAUGAAACAGAGAGCUAAUAAGUAUAUGCUCUCUAACUUUUCACUUAACAAGGAUUAAUUUUGUUUAGUGAUUACAAAAUAUUUUACUAUUCUUACAAUGAUAAAAGCACAAUUGAGUUCACAACACCAUUUCCUGAUGAAGUGAUUUGUCAUUCACAUGUAAAAGAUACUACAUACUUCAUAGCCACUUAAGAUGCAGCUUUCCAAUCAUCACUUUACUUAGUUAAUAUUUUAGCUUCUUCUAGAUCUAUAGAUAUUAAAUAUCUAGGUAGAAUAUCUCCUCCAACAAGCAUAAUUUAAUUGCCAGAAUAACACAUUUUCAUUACAUCUGUUGAUGACGACUGCAAAGUGAUAAAAGUACAUGAUAAGUUUAUUAAGAAUUUGGAAGGUCAUCUUGAAGUUAAGCUAAAACUUUCUAAUUUAUCAUCAAUAUAUAAUAUGAAAUUGCUAGAGAGUGACUUUAAUUAAAGAUUGAUAAUAUCAAGUCCAAGAAAGGAGCAAUCGAUGAAUAUUUUCUAAAAGGGAAUGAGCUUAAUUUAAAAGGGAGAAAUCAAAUUCAAUUCUCCAAUUAGAGAAAUGCUAGUCGUCCAUAGCGUAUUUAUUGUCGUAAGUUUUGAUUUUUAGACUUUAAUCUUGAAAUUAGAUGAUAAAAAAGGCUCAUUUAACGUUGUUAUGAAUAUUAAUUGUGGUUUAUUGAAUGUUUUCGCUUUAGAAAGUAGCUCUGAAUCUCAAAAGCUAGUAUGUUUAGUAUCUGCUUAAUCCAUUAAAUUAAUUGACUUGACUAGAGCAAAUAUACUUUCAGAAAUAGCUAUCUCAAAUAAAAGAAUAAUUUUAAGCACAAUCAAUAAAAAUAUUUUAAUUACAGCUGACUCUACUAAUAACUUGCAAGCUUUCAAUUUUCUUAAUAAUUAAAUUAGUCAAGUAGAAACCUUUUCUUAUAAUUCAAGAUACUCCUAUAGUGCAAUUAAUUCCUAUGGAAAUUACAUCGCUGUAGCAUUAUGGUUCUAAUCGUAUAUUAUCCUCAUCAAUGCAAGUGAUCCAACAAAAACCCAUCAAAUAGAUAUUCCUACUUAAAAAGUAGUUCGCAGUUUAAUCUUCCAUGAAGAAAAUAAAUUGUUAAUUGGAUAUAGUGAUGGUAUUAUCAGCUUAGUCUACUAUUCAACUGAUGAUCAAAAUAACAUCGUUACUUCUAACAAUUAAAAAAAUAUGGUUAUAGGAUACAAACCAGUAAAAUUUAGAUAGCUUCGACUAUUCUCGUCUUACUGUUAAUCAAGCACUCCUGCUUGUAUAUCUUGUAUUUCAAAUGAAGUCAGCAUUUUGUCAUUGAGAAAAGUGGAUGAAUCUUACUAAAGAUACCAAAAGACUUACUUUAAUAUUUAGGAUGUUAAUCAAAUAGAUGAAAUCGAAAUUAAUGGAGUUCCUUACUUAAUAAUGGCAAAAAAGAAUUGUUUAUCGAUUGGUGGAAUUGAAGUUAGUUAAAAAUUCCAUAUUUAUAGUUUUGGUAAGGAUGUCAAAGAACAAAACGAAUUCAGAUGCUAAACUGAAUUGGUUGACGUAAUUAGAAAUAUGAGUAUUUCCAUUAGCAUAGUAGAAAAUGAGUAAGAUGAUGUUGUUUGCUCUAAUAUUUUACUUCACUCAAUUAAAAAUUAAGAUUUACUAUAAUAACUUAAAUUUAAUAACACAUGCAUUUACUCUUUAUUGGUAGUAGGAGAUUAUUUCUUCAUCGGAGGAAAGCAAGAGUAAAAUUAAACUUAUGAAGGAUUCCUUUAAGUUUACUUAGUGGAUAAUGAAAACAAAAUGAUUUAAGUAGAUAAAUUAGCAUUUAAGAUUCCUGUUAUGCAAAUUUAAAAAUAUAGUGAAAACUCCAUAGCAAUUAUAUUAGGACAUGAAAACUUUAAAAUUUACUAAAUGCCUUACACAAGCGCUCAAGAAUACUCAAUUUUAAAAUAGAAUACCCAACAUAAAUUCUUAUAAGAAAUAGUCUCAUAAUCAAACCUAAACAUAACUGCCCUUUCUUUGGAUUGCAACAAAAGAAAUUAGAUUUUGAUUGCUGAUAGAACUUAAGGUAUUUAGCUAUUUUAAGAAUAAAACAAAAAAGUUAUGCUUGCUGCCAAGUCUCCCUUCCCAGUCUUUUCUACCCAUGCUAAGUUCCUAGGAGACGAAAACAUAGUUUUGUCUGAUUCAAACACUAAUAUUGUGAUUUUCCGUUAGAAUGAUUUUGCAGAAAACGAUUUCGAAAGGAUGAAAUUGCUGGUUUUAUCAGCAAUAAAUAAUGGUGAUAUAGUAAUAACUUCUUUAAGAAGAAAGGUGAACACUAAAGAUGUGAAAGAUAAAUAUAUUACAACUGAAGGAUUAGAUUAAGUUAUUUAUGGUACUCAAAAAGGUUGGAUUGGAGUUAUAAUGUCUUUGAAUGAAUAAGCUUACACAGUGUUACAAGAUUUACAAGAAUCUAUUUUGCAAAAAUUUAAAUGUCCUCUUAAAUUUGACUACAAUAAAUGGAAAUCUAUAAGAAAUAUUCCAUAGAGCAAAUCAGAUAAAAGUAACUUCAUUGAUGGAGAAAUCAUUUUCAAAGUUUUAAAAAUGAGCCAAUCAGAGCUUGUUUAAGUUUUAGAUGGAAUGUCAGCAAUGCCAAAACCCUCAAUAGCAGAAAUGGAAUAACUAAUCGAAAAUUUAGACUUAUUAAUAUUCUGA